UUGACUUUGAAAUGCAAAAUGUCUAUCAAAACACUGGUACUUCAUCUAUUUUCUCUCGGGUGUAUUACAGUUUCUGGCCAGCCAGUACAACUCGACAAAGGUGUUCAUCCCUACGUAGUGUUCUUUCAUUAUGACAAAGUCGGUGACUACAAUAUUUCUAUAAUGGAAGCAAAUUUGAAAACAUAUUAUCCCUCCUGUGGAACAAUCAUCCAUCACGCUUAUGUCCUCACUGCUGCAAGCUACUUUAUCACCCUUCCCAAAUUAAACGCUUCUGAAUGGAGAAUUAGUGGAUAUCAUGAGAACGCGGUGGGUUUGAAUGUAGACCAUCUUUUGUCGAUCGAAACAUUGGAAUUUAUCUUCCAUGAAUCUUUUACUCCUACUUCCGAUCCUUAUGUUCCAUACAAUUUAUGUUUGGUAAAAUUGAAAAGAACGAAAGAUACUGCGCCGUUAACUUUCCAAGCACAAAUCUCAUGGCAUGUCAAAUAUUCAAAUAAUAGAAAAGCUUAUCCAGAUCAACAUGUUAGUACAAUUUCGAUUGUCUACUGGUCAUUUCAACUUAGUACAAAAACAGUGGUAAAGUACCAGUACGACUUUGAACCCCAUUGGGUAUGGGAAAUUGGAGACCACCCAUGUGAACAUGUACAUGAUAAAGUUGGUACUGCUUUAUAUUGUUUAAAGAAGCCGACAGAUACGUUUGGAAAACAUUACCCAUGUGCCUCCAAUACUGUCACCGAAGGUGCCCCUAUUCUAAUCGAUUCUGAGGUGAACGGAGUCUUUAUUGGAAUAUCGACACUUAAAAAAUGUAACCUACCCAUUACCAGCCCGAAAGCAGGUGCUCUGCCCGGUAUAGGAGUUGCUGUUAUCAACAGUUACCAAAAAGUGUCUCCGGAACAUAAGAUUGCACAGGAUUUUUUAAAACGUACAAUUGGUACUGAAUAUAAUUACACCGACGAAGAUCUUGGAUGGAAAAUAAAAACGAAUGGAAAAAGAAAUAUAUCGCUACUAGCAGAAGAAAAAGAUAAUGCAGACAUUUUUGGUUACAAGUACAGAAAUCUGCCAAAAUGUGUGAUGGAUGGAAGUUCCGACUUGUUGAUUCAAAAACUUGUAAUUAUUGGUGGAGUGUUUUUUUCCUUAUAUGUUGCAAUUCAUUUUAGUUAUUUGUUUUAAAAUUUUUGUACAAUAAAUAAACCUUA